AUGGCGGCGGCGGCGGCGGCGGCGGCGGCGGCGGCGGCGGCGGCCCGGGAGCGGCGGCGGGAGCAGCUGCGGCGCUGGGAGGAGGCGGCGGCGGCGGCGCCGGGCGCGGGGGAGGCGGCGGCGAGGCCGGGCCCGCCCCGGGUGCGCUUCGAGCGCCAGGCCGAGUUCCGAGCGGUCUGCGCAGGCGCGGAGCUGGCCGAGGCGCGCGCCAUGGUCAUGGCGCCCGAGGGCGGGGGGCGCGCGCUGCUGGGCGGGGCCAACGCGGACGGGAUCAGCGCGCUGCACCAGGCGUGCAUUGACGAGAACAUGGAGGUCGUGCAGUUCCUGGGGGGGUUUGGGGGAUCCCUGGGGGUGUCCCCAUUGCUGUCCCCAUUGUCCCCAUUGUCCCCAUUGUCCCCAUUGCUGUCCCCAUUGUCCCCAUUGUCCCCAUUGUCCCCAUUGUGUCCCCAGGCGUGCAUUGACGAGAACAUGGAGGCGUGCAUUGACGAGAACAUGGAGGUCGUGCAGUUCCUGGUCGAGAGCGGCGCCGACGUGAACCAGGCCGACAACGAGGGCUGGACCCCCCUGCACGUGGCUGCGGCCUGCGGGUGCCGCCACAUCGCCCA